AUGUCUUCUCCCCCCGCACCCGACACCCUUGUGCCAAAGGCCGACAACGAAGCCGUCGAGGCCGACAUUGCCACCAUGCUCGGUGCACUGGUGGUGGCACUCGAGGGGAGCAGCAGCAAGUCACUGGCUGGCCUCGCCCCUGCCCCACCACCAGCCCAUCCGCACGCACCGGCUAUGGCGGCUCUCUGUGUGGCGCUGUUCGGCUCAGCGGCGCCCGUCGCCCGUGACUCGGCCCCGCAUGCUGUUCACGCCUCGCUGCUCCUGGCUGCUGGCGCUCUUGGCCUGCCGCACGGCGCGCUGGCAACUGGGCGCUGCUGCGGCGGAUGGUCGACGUGGUCGGUGUGAAGCUCGAGGGCGCGCUGGUGCUGGACGUGGCUGGUUCGGACUGUGUGUCGGCGUACAUGGCCCAGGCCGAGCUGGGCAAGAUCCUGGCUGGAGGCGAGGGUUGAGGCGGGAGUCAGACGUAUUUACAACGGCGAGCCGGUAGACGCGGAGGCCGACGGCGAUCCGGGCGAGAUGCGGGCGGCCAUGACCUGGGCCACAAGAUUGUUGAGCGUGCCGACCCACUCUGCCAGCUCUUGCUGUGACGAGGCCGAGAGGACAAUGUCCUUGGCGCGGUCGCCUGCGCGGAGGCCCAACUGGAGGACAAAGCAAAAGUCGCGGUCCUGGGCGCCAUCGGGAAUGGAGACACCGGCAAGGGCAGCGAGCUCAAUUGUUCCGCGCGGCUCGACAUCCUGUGCGCCCACAAAGUAGUACAGCGUGUUGGCCUUGAGAACAAAGAACCGCGGCUGCCACUUCUUGCCUGAACGGCCGCCGCGCUUGUGAAGGAUGCCCUCGAGGAGAAUCGGCGUCGUGUCGGUGGCGUAGUCGGACGAGACCUUGGCCGUCAGCCGCUUCUUUUUGACCGAGUCCACCAUGCGCGAGAUGGAAGACCGCCGGAGGUUGCGGAACGGGCAAGGCGCGUUGGUCCGCGCAAAGUCGCGGGCAGCAGCAAGGAGCGAGGUGUACCACUCGAGCGUCACGUCAUCGCUCUCGCCACGCACAAAGUAUCUCGACUUGGUCUCGUUGUCGACCAGGAUGAUCGACGUCGCCUCGCGGUUGACGUCGCCCGACGCGUCGAGCUCAACGACCGAGCCGGCGAGGUGGAUGCAUCCUUGCGGCUCGCGGUCGCCAGACUUUUUGUAGUAAACAAAGUGGUCGCGG